AUGGUCUCCACAUCACCAAACGGCACCGCUACCCCUCCGCAGCGCAGGGCCAACGACCUCAUUGAGCGUUUCCCUGAGACCGCUACUCCCUCCAACGAGCCCAAUGAGCUCUUCCAUGCCAAGACCCGUGCUUUCGUCUACGGAAUGCAGCCCCGUGCCGUCCAGGGCAUGCUCGACUUCGACUACAUCUGUGGCCGCAAGAUUCCCUCCGUCGCCGCCAUCAUCUACCCCUUCGGUGGUCAAUUCAUCUUGAAGCAGUACUGGGGUACCAAGGAAACUUUGUUGCCCGUCUACCGUACCGUCGACGAGGCCGUCAAGAACCACCCCGACGUCGAUGUUGUCGUCAACUUUGCUUCCUCGCGUUCUGCGUACUCUGCUACCAUGGAGUUGAUGGACUACCCCCAACUCCGCUGUAUCGCCAUCAUUGCCGAGGGUGUCCCCGAGCGUCGCGCCCGUGAGAUCUCGGAGGUUGCGCGUCAGAAGGGCGUCACCAUCAUCGGUCCUGCAACCGUCGGUGGUAUCAAGCCCGGAUGCUUCAAGAUCGGUAACACGGGUGGUAUGAUGGACAACAUCGUCUCCUCCAAGCUUUACCGCCCUGGAUCCGUUGGAUAUGUUUCUAAGUCUGGUGGUAUGUCGAACGAGUUGAACAACAUUAUUUCUCAGGUUACGGAUGGUGUGUAUGAGGGUAUCGCUAUCGGUGGUGACAGGUACCCCGGUACUACCUUUACCGACCACUUGCUGCGUUACGAGGCCGACCCUAAGUGUAAGAUCCUUGUCAUGUUGGGUGAGGUCGGUGGUGUUGAGGAGUACCACGUCGUCGAGAUGGUCAAGAACGGACAGAUCAAGAAGCCCGUCGUCGCAUGGGCUAUCGGUACCUGUGCCGGUAUGUUCACCACCGAGGUCCAGUUCGGGCACGCUGGUUCCUUCGCCAACUCCCAGCUCGAGACUGCCGCUGCCAAGAACUCUGCUAUGAGGGAAGUCGGUAUCCACGUCCCCAAUACUUUCGAGGAUCUUCCUGAGGUGUUGAAGAAUGUUUACGACGACUUGGUCAAGGCGGGCAAGAUCACCCCCGGACCCGAGCCCGAGCCACCAAAGAUCCCCAUCGACUACGCAUGGGCCCAGGAACUCGGUCUCAUCCGUAAGCCUGCUGCUUUCAUCUCUACCAUCUCCGAUGACCGUGGUCAGGAACUUCUCUACGCCGGUAUGCCCAUCUCCAAGGUCUUCGAGGAGGACAUCGGUAUUGGUGGUGUCAUCUCACUACUCUGGUUCCGUCGCCGUCUCCCAUCCUACGCCACCAAGUUCCUCGAGAUGGUCCUCAUGCUCACCGCAGAUCACGGUCCCGCCGUCUCUGGUGCAUUGAACACCAUCGUCACCACCCGUGCCGGAAAAGACUUGAUCUCCUCCCUCGUCUCCGGUCUCCUCACCAUCGGUACCCGAUUCGGUGGUGCCCUCGAUGGUGCCGCGACGGAAUUCUCGAACGCCUUCGACAAGGGUCUUUCUCCCCGUGCUUUCGUCGACACUAUGCGUAAGCAGAACAAGUUGAUCCCUGGUAUUGGACACAAGGUCAAGUCUCGCAACAACCCCGACUUGCGUGUCGAGUUGGUCAAGCAGUACGUCAAGGCCAACUUCCCCUCCACCAAGCUCUUGGAUUACGCACUCGCCGUCGAGGCCGUUACCUCAUCCAAGAAGGACAACCUCAUCCUCAACGUCGAUGGUGCUAUCGCCGUGUGUGUCGUUGAUUUGUUGCGUUCGUCUGGUGCGUUCACGCCCGAGGAGGGAGAGGAGUACUUGAAGCUUGGUGUUCUAAACGGAAUGUUCGUCCUUGGACGUUCGAUUGGUUUCAUUGGACACCAUUUGGAUCAGAAGAGGUUGAAGACUGGGCUUUACAGGCAUCCUUGGGAUGAUAUCUCUUAUGAGGCGCCAGGGUUGGCUGGACAGGGUGUUGCUGGUGCUAUGGAGCAGAGAGUUGAGGUUGAUGCUGUCAAGACUAAGCAGUAG